AUGCCGUCACUAGCAAUCAGACCGAAACACGAUACGGCGUGCGGGAUAGCCAAGUGCCCCGUGGAAGUUUUGGACUUGGUUUUGGAGUUGCUCUCCUCUGACGACUGGCGCGAACUGUGUCUCGUGAACCGACCGUUUCGCGCGUUAGCCGAGCCACUGCUCUACUCAAAGAUUCACUGGUCUUGGAAGAUCCUUGAAGAUCCUCCUCCAAUAGUCCAAUUUUUACGCACUGUCACACAGAGGCCUGAACUGGGCGCACAUGUCCUCGAUAUCCGACUGGAUGGCCGGUCUGUUGCGCGGGCUGCAAAUCCUAAACAUGCAUACAACUCAUCUAUUCCAUUAAUUCCGGUCUCGGGAGCCGCGCUAGACGGAGGAUUGGAAUUUAUUGAGAAGACUAGGGUCCCGUAUCGUGACACUUGGCAAGACCAAUUACGCAAAGAAGUCGCCGAAGCUAUCGUUGCGCUGCUCCUAGCACAACUCCCAAAUCUCAGAUCGCUAAUACUUGGCCCUAUCUUCACACAACGGACUGAACUAAUUAGUAUGAUGUUCCGCUUAGCUAUCUGUGAACUAGAAGGGUAUGUGUUACCGAAAUUUUCCUAUCUCAAGGAAGUGUCGAUUCAGUCUUAUGAUGGAUGGGAUUGGGUGCUGCGAAGAGAAAACGUGCGAAAAACACCCGAUUUUCUGCCUCUUUUUUACCUACCGAGAAUUGAAACCCUAUCAAUCCCAAUACGAAGCUCGCUUGUAUUCAAGUGGCCGACCACAUAUCUACCUAAUUCAGCAACGCUCAAAUCCCUUCAGUUACAGUGUAUCCGAGAAGCACACCUCAUCGAUAUACUCAAAGCCACGCCAAACCUUGAGAAAUUGAGCUGGAUGUGGUUCCAUGACAACAUGUUUAGUGACGAUUUCGAUACCCCGGUCGUCGAUUUAAAUCAGAUCGCGGUCGCAUUAUCUUAUGCUCCGCCUACUUUAACAGAGAUCAAUAUUUCAGCCGACUGUCAAACGGAUGUGAUGGUAUAUCCCGGUCUCUCCACCAAGGGAUCACUCCAAACCCUUUCCAAUUUACACAGUGUCAAAUCACUGCAAAUUCCACUAGUCUUUCUGGUUGGCUUCGCCCAAGACACUACAAAAUUAUUGCAGGAUAAAAUGCCAAGAAACAUCGAGCACUUGACGCUGGGUUACGACUUAUCGGAGUUUUACAAUACCUUGUCAGAAAAAUACCCCGAUUGGGAGUGGGAGGAUUCGGCAGUUUUCGGGUUACUCAAAUCUUGGUUGGAAGAUUGGAAUUCAUGGACUCCGUGUCUGCGCGGGAUUCAUUGA